AUGGGUUUUCACCAUAGCAAGUGUGAUGCAUCUCUCAUCACUCUUCAUCAGGGGCGAAAUACGGCUUUUCUACUCUUAUAUGUCGAUGACAUUCUUCUUGUCACAUCGUCAACGGCUCUCCGUCAACAACUUCUGGCCAAACUUGCUAGUGAAUUCGCCAUGAAAGACCUUGGUCCCCUUAGUUACUUCCUUGGUAUUUCGGUCACUCGCACAAAAUCGAGUUUGUUCCUCUCACAACAACCAUAUGCCACAUACAUCAUUACUCGUGCGGGCAUGCAAUCAUGCAACCCAGUCGCCACUCCGAUUGAUACGAAUGCUAAGCUUGGUGCUUCCGGUGACCUGUUUCAUGACCCCACUCUAUAUCGAAGCUUAGCUAGGGCUCUGCAAUAUCUGACCUUCACUCGACCGGACAUUACAUAUGCUGUUCAGUAG